AUGCCUUUUAACCACGAAAAUGCUGAUGCCAUUCCAGUCACGCCGUCUGAUUGCAUUCAUGAUGACGGUAGUUUUUCGCAUAAUCGACCUCCUUUGGUGACUCUUCAAAAUUUACCUGAAUCGCCUGAUAUCACACAGAAGACACUUUUAGCUGAUAUACGCGAACUGACCUUCAAGGUGAAUGAGCUACAAAAUUGUUGUGAUGAUUACGAAAGCGAAAAAAGAGAUCUUUUGAGAAUUAAAGUGGAGUAUGAGAAGAAAAUACUUUCACUUGAAGAGAAAUGUCGUUUUAAAGAGAGAGAACUUUUUGAAUUACGUGACGCCAAUGACCUACUUCAACUUUCUUACAAGGACAAAGAAGAUAUGAAAAUUGAAAUAAACCGGUUAAAGGACGCUUUGGAAAGCUCUCAGCUAAAUACCGAAAUCGUUGCUGCAAUUGAAAAGGAGAACAAUGAUUUGUUAAGAGAAAAUUCCGUAUAUAGGAAAAGGAUAAAAGAGCUGGAAACUGAAGUGUCUGAAUCGAAGACAGAUCGAGGAUGGAGGUUGCAAUACGAGCAAGCAAAGGAGGCUUUAGAAAAGGCUGAAAAAACGUUUAUUUCUCGCUAUUUUUUGUCUUUUAUGUGCAAGAUAUACGAAUUUAUGAGAGACAGUGAACGUUCCAAGGCGGAAUCUGAAGCUGAGGUUUUGAGCUUUCGUUUGACUCAGUGUCCAUCGACAAACUGGGCGUUUAUGACUCGCGCUAAAUGCACCUGCACAUGCCACCACCCUGAGCUACCUCCACAAGUUGAUGGUGAUUCGAGACCAGAUUCCGUUCAAGAAAGUGGUGAACACUGCAGCACUCCGUCUUCCAUUCGACCUCCUGAAACGACACAAAACAUGGACGAUAUCUCCGUGGUAGAUGUCUCCUUAUGGCGAGACACUCGCACUGGGUCGACUCCAUCAGAAGUGAACGGUGAGUGUCUGGGGGAAGUAAUGGCCUACGAUACGAAAAUUCAGGAAUUAGAAAUCCAGCUAACCGAAGCUCGUUAUGAGGUAAUGCCUGAAGUCUUUUCCUUACGUGUCACACAGAUUAACCGUCUUAACGAGGAGGUGUCUCGACUCUCUCUCGCACACGACACGCUGUCUGAUCAACAUUCUGCAUCGCGUGAAAAUUUGGAAGUUCAGCUCUCGAGUCUCACUUUAGAGAAGGAAAUUCUGCUUAACGAUUUGGAUGAAAAGCGUUUAGCUCUUGAAAAAGUUAAUGCUGAACAAGCCACCCUUUCACAUCAAUUCACGCAAACGUCUAACAACCUGAAAGCAGUACAAACUGAAGCGAAUCUACUUAAAGCAGAACUUAAUCACGUCAUGCAAACACUGGAGACCGUUACUAAGGACAGAGAAUGUCAGUGUGAAAAAGUGCUUCAUUUGGAGAGUGAGAAGAAUCAUCUUAUCGAGGAAGGAAACAAGUUGAAGGAGGUUCAGGUUGCCCUCGAAGACCAACUGACAAAUGCACAAAAAAGUGUUGAGUUAUUCAAGUGCCAAAUGGAGGAAAAACUCUCCGCCCUGGAGGUCCAACUUACUGAGACCCAAGAGAAAUAUACCUCUACCGAAGCCAUCAACUCUCAACUUGUUAAACAGUUGGAUUUACUACAGAAAGAGAAAGCCGAUUAUGUGGAUCGUGAAAGGGUGCUUGGUCGACAACUUUCAGCCACCGAAGAUAAGGUGACUUUUCUCACAUCUAAGUUGCAGGAGACGAAUUUGGAGCUGAAUGAAAAGGUCCAGUUAAUGGAGAAUCUGAAGACAAAAAAUGCAGAUUUAAUUGUGGCCCGAGAAGUUUCUGACAAGGUUCUCACUGACACUCAGUCUAGUCUAUCCCAGGCACAGGCGGAUAUAACCCGUUUGUCAAGUGAGCUUGCUUGUGCUCUAGAAGCUAACCAGCGAAUUGAGCACUUGGAAUCUUCUCUCGGAGCGCGUGAAUCCAAUAUCAUGAUGCUUAAUCAAGCACUUUCCGACAACCAGGACGUGAUUUCCCGGCUCUCUGAAGAGAAGCGCUACCUUGAGGCACGAGUGAAAAAAUUGGAGAUUGAUGUUGAAGCUAAGACUUCUACCUGUACAUUGUUAAUUGGAGAACGGGAUAAGGCGAAAGACGACUAUUUCAGGUGUGCUCAAGACUGUUCAACUAAAAAAGAGCGCUGUGCUAGCCUUUUAAAGACGUUGGAAAAAGUUAAAGCCGAUCUAGCAGAGCAUAAAAGCGUCAAUGACAAGAAAUCUGAAAGGUUUGCUACAAGUGAAGAGGAGCUGUCUAAGUGCCGUGAACGGUUGUCUGUAACUAAACGUGAUCUUGUACAUUUAUCUGAAAAAAAUCAGUGCCUGCUUGAAGAAAUUGCGAAACUUUCUAAUGAGAAAAAAAAUCUUAAGCAAGAUCUCGACGAAUAUCAUUCACGCGUAACUCGGCAGCGUGGCGAACUAUCCAGUCUGACAGACGAAGUACUUCGAUUGCAGGGAGAGGUGACAAAAUGCAAAGAAGAAAUAGCGGUACUCUCCAACGAAAAAUCUUCUUUAGAAUCAAAGUUGGAAAAGCGAACUGAAGAGAUAGCUGAUCUGGAAUCCCAGUUGACGGAGCUCCAGGAGCAGGUAGGGUUUUACUGUCUUUUUCCAUGCCGCCUUGAGAACAAGUUGAAAAAUGCGAGGCAGCAGUAUGCUGCGGCCAUGGGUGCACAAAUGCUGGAGGAGGCCAGUAAUCUGUUAGAGGAACGUCUGAAGAGUGUUUGGUCAAACUAUCUCGCUGCCGAACAGCGCGUGGUUGAAGCACAACAAGCCGCUUCUCUUGCCACUUUCCAUCAAAAAACUGCAGAAAAGGAAUGUACGCGACUAUCAAACUUUAUUGAGGCUCUCGAACGCCGUUUGGACAAUGCGACGGCUGAGCAUUUAUCGUGUGAAGAGCGUCUGGCUGCUGAAACCGUGCGCUGUCGCCAACUGGAAGGUGUUUUGAACGAAAAAGAGGCCAUCAUUAAUGGAUUGCAGCACCAACUUAGUGUUCAACGAAAAGUGGCCCAAGAAAAGGAGGCGUCAAUUCUUCUUCGCUACCUCAAUGCGAGGGCUAUGCAAGAAGAGACAGAUAAGCGGUUUCCUUUUCGAGAGUCUAUGUCUUCUAUCAUGGGAGACAUGAAACGUAGUAUGUCUUUCCUGACUUCUAUUCAUCUUGAUCAGCUACCACACACCCUGCCUAACCCCAGACUUGGCAUUGCGUCAAUGAGUGAUUUCGUUGGACCCACUUCAGGUCGUCUGUAUUCUGAAAUAUUGGCUCCGUUUUCUUCACCUAAGCGUUCUGAUCAUGAAGAGCUUGCUGAUAGUCGUCGAGGCAACCCGGCACUAGAGUGUAGUACUUGCGUCGACGUCGACAUGGAACAGUUACCACCAGAGAAGAGUGUCAUCUUUACGCCUCAAAACACUCAAAUGCAAAAGGAUACUUCACCACUUUUCGAGGAAAGGCUUCCCGAAUUCCGUCAGCCUGCUGCUUCUGUUGCCUCAAAUGCCGCCAGCAAGUUUUUUUACCCUGUUUUCUUUGGCAAAUAUCUUUUUGACAGGAACAAUGCUCGACGCUUUCGACGCGCGGAGCCUUUGAUGCUUACGACAAAAGAAGCCUCCUUUCUGACUCCCUUGAAAAACGGUAGCCAUUUUGUUGAGAGAGAAGACGUCGUUCCUCUCACUCAUGCUCAGUUUGUUCACAACGGAGACGUCUCCUCAUGCACCCCAGUUAGUUCGCAAGGCGCAAACACCCUGGAGAGUGGCAGCUGGAAUGAGGUUGGCCCACUUAUUCCGCAUGAAUGCCAAGAUUCUACUUCAACUGGUAACGUUCAAACAUCCUAUCGAGUGAUUUAUAUGGCCGAGAAAGUGGAGAAAUCACGAUGUCAGUCAUUGUGUAGUCUUUCCCAAACCCCAUUAGCUGCGAGUAACAAGACAACCACUUCUUCUGAAUCAAAUCCGGUAUCUGAACUGGCGAAUUGGCCCCCCUAUAAGAAUUGUGCUGCACCACUUAGUCCCCAGGCUCUGUGCGGUGGUGAAGGUUUUGCUGUCCCCACCCCACACGACACGCACUUUCGUCGACUUCGACGCCUUCUGGUCGCUCCGGCAGCCGAAGAAAUGGAGGCAGAUGACAUUUUGACCUGUGGAGACACACUCGAGGCAAAACCCAUUCCAAGACGCGAUCAAAUAAAACAUCCAUGGACUUCAUCGUCUCAUGGAUUUGUGCCUAAGGGAAACUUUAAUUCACUUGUUGAAUCUACUUUAAUGGCUGCAGAUAAACCAACUCCGGUCGAAGACAUGGUUGUGAGUCGUCGAAAGCCCUCAGAUUGUAAAGCAGACACAGGUACUACUAGCCACAGUGCACUUCCUACCGGUAUUAGGUGCCCCACCUCACCCGGAUUGCCCCGCUUCCACUCUGUUAUGGAGCUUUCAGAUCGUGGAGACACACCCUUCCGCUCGGAUAGUGUAGCUGCGAUUGACUCAAUAGUGGGGAAUCGUGCAUUGACUCAGUCGCGUUCACAUGCUGCUCCUCCGCCCAGUUUCCGCCGUUUUAAGGAAAGAUUUAACGGGAAAGUGUAUAAAAGCGCAAGUAGCACUCCUGUUCUGUCAAGCAGUCCGAGUCAAAAUGUGAAAGAUGUUGAACGUGACUCCUCAAGCUGUAGCGCAAAAUCAAAGAAGUCCAAAAAGGUGGGUGGUUUCCUGUUUACUUGGUUUUUGUGA